AUGACUGAUAAAGCCCAAGAUGAGGCCGAAAAGGCCGCUUUGAAUCCAUCCUCAGGAGAAGACGCCGCUCUCAAGGAGAAACUCGUUGUGCGAGGAGGCAUCUGGCAGACAGGAAAAAACUGCGUUUCAUACUUUUCCACCCUCAGCAUCUUCACGAUCACCACUCUUCUUAUGAUUCCCGGUCUCGCUCUUGCGUGCUAUCAUCAAAAAGCUCUUCAACUUCUUACGCUUACCACCGCAUCUACUGCUCCUGGUAAAGUUAGUGGAGGUUUGAAUACAACAAAUGGGAGCAGAGAUAAUCUCACCUAUAAGAUAUAUCUAUGGUAUUAUUGUGUCUCGGGUGUUGCUACUGGAAGUGGUAAUUUGGUGAAUAUAACGGAUAGUUGUCAUCAAUCGAGACAAGCAUUGACCUAUCACAUUCUCCCUUCCCUCAACUCAACCUUUACACCUCCUCUUCCUGGAUACGAUGUCUCUGGUCCUAUCAUGGCGAUAAAUGUUCUCUUCCAGAACUACGCAUAUCCAGCCUUUGCCUCCUACGUCGCCGCCAUCUUCCUCUUAAUCAUAUUUGCCAGUUUGUUCAAUUGGUGGUUCGGUGCUACUGCCACGCCACAUAAGAAAACACUUAUGCUCGUACUUUCCAUAUUCACAGGUUGUUUCGCAACCCUUGCAGCACUUCAAACCUAUCUCUGCCACCAAACCAUCUACAUCAUCAACCAAACCAUGGAACAUUCCAAAUCCACUCUCCAAAUAUCCAUCACACCCGGUAUUCUCUACCUCCUCAUCAUCCAUCUCUUCUGGAUUAUCCUUCUCCUCAACGUCCUCAUUAUCCCCAUCACAACAUGCAUUAAGCGCCGUCGCGCGAAGCGACAACUACAAGCUCUAGAUGCAGAUGCACAAGAGCUCAAAGAAAGAGAACCUCUAGAGGGCGAUACUAAAGUAUGUAUUAGUCCAGCUGAGCCCGGUGAUUCGGAGUCAAGUGAUGAUGAUCACAAUAUGUCUCCGCGUGGUGUGCCGCAGUAUGCUAUGCCUCAAUAUGGUAUACCCCAAUAUGCUGUACCCACAUAUCCUCAUCCCGGUAUGCAGAACCAGGGUUAUUAUGGUCAUGGCUAUGGUGCGCAAAUGCCUAUGCUUAUGCCUAUCUCUGAUCCCAUGCAGAACAGCGCGUAUCAAGCACAGUCUGGAAAACGCAAGAACAAGGGGAAGCGAGAACAAGAAAGGGAUGUAGAAAACUAA